AUUGCAUGUUGCCGCUGCCACGAUUUGAGCCCGGCCCAGCUGCUGCAGUGGUAGCAGGGCUGUCCCUCUGUAUCUGCACAUAAUUAUUUACAGCCUGCUAUUCCAGGCAUGGAUGUCAGUUUCAGUGAGACAUGGCAGUGCGACAUUACACUCUCGACUUCAACCUCUCUACUGCAGGUAGGAAGGGUGCUAUAUUUGACUCUGCCUCGAUAGUUCCUGGCCUGCUGUCCAUAUUUCAUGAGCAGGAACUCACAGAGACUAUUCAUGACACAAAUGGGCAUGGAUACCUUGCUACAUUUAUAGGCAAGAAUGGACGGCUUGUCAUCCUGCGUGUGCACUCUCAUGGGUUGGUCACUAUCGAUCUGCAGUGUUAUGAAGAGGAUAACAUUGCACAACUAGACAAUCUUUUAAAUGCACUGGAAAAGAAGUUAAAAGUACUCUUAAAUGGCAAUAUUGCAAGGAUUAAGAAGCUUCCAGCCCUCGUACGAGGAGCAAAGGUGGACCGAUACUGGCCCACAGCUGAUGGCAGAUUGGUGGAAUAUGACAUUGACCAGGUGGUGUAUGAAGAAGAUUCUGCUUACCAAAACAUAAAGAUCUUGCACUCACAGCAGUAUGGAAAUAUCCUAGUGCUUGAUGGAGAUGUCAACUUGGCAGAGAGUGAUAUUGCCUACACCCGAGCCAUCACAGGUAAUGGGAAAGAAAAUUAUGCUGGAAAAGAGGUGCUGAUAUUGGGAGGAGGUGACGGCGGCAUCCUUGCUGAGUUGGUUAAACAAAAGCCAAAGAUGAUCACCAUGGUGGAGAUUGACCAGAAGGUCAUAGACGGGUGUAAGGUGCACAUGAGAAAAACUUGCGGCAAUACCCUUGACAACCUGAGGGGAGACUGUUACCAAAUACUAAUAGAAGACUGUGUCCCCUUGUUGAAGAAAUAUGUUCAAGAAGGGAGGACUUUUGAUUAUGUAAUUAAUGACCUCACUGCAAUCCCAAUAUCCACCGCACCAGAAGAAGACUCUACAUGGGAGUUCCUGCGUCUCAUCUUGGACCUGUCGAUCCGCAUUCUGCAUCCCAAGGGCAAAUAUUUCACACAGGGUAACAGUGUGAAUCUGACGGAGGCACUGAGUCUGUACGAGGAGCAGCUUGGAAAGCUCUCGUGUCCCGUGGACUUCCGCAAAGAGGUGGUUUGUGUACCCUCUUACCUGGAGCAAUGGGUUUUCUACACGGCAUGGAAGAAGUAAACAGCUUCAGUUUUCUGCUUAAAUUCCCAGCUGGAAUGUGAAUGUGGGAAUGCUAUUUUCAUUUCUCCUGUAGCCUGAAAGAUGUGCUCAGACUGAAAGUGACAUGAACAUAAGAAGUUUGGAUAUAUGCCGUACACGCAGUAACAAACAAAAGCAGUUGAAAAGACAGCCGCUGCAUGAGCUCAGUUCAGACUGUGGCAUUAACAAGCAUUUUGGACAGAACAUCUCCUAACUUCUGGAAGUGGAUUGUGCUGCAGGUGACCACUUGUGAUAGGAUUUCUCUUCCAGGCUCUAUUAGCAAUAAACAGGCUCAUCAUUUAUGUUUGCAAAUACCCCAAGCAUCAUGGUUUCAGCUAGCGGGUGGCACACUGCAGUUUCUGUGCCUAGUGUGCUGUAAAUAUGCUUCUUGGGUGCGGUACAUGGAACAUAGAUAUACAGUCCAUUAAAAGAACGUGGCUAUUUCUAACUCAGAUCUAAAUGCAGCCUGUUAAUCACAUCUCACUGCAUCUCAGCUGUUUUCUCAUCAGAUCUCCCAGAACACGUUAUUAUCAGGUGUGAACAGGUACACCUCACUUAAGAUGUUGGAGUUUCUUCAACUUGGCUGCAGCCCACAUCAGCAGUGCAAAUUUGUUUUUAGUGAAAAAGCAUAGACUACGAAACACUCCCACUUAUUUCAGCCAUGUUUGUGUAAAGGAGGAACAAAAAAGAAGCUAUGAAAAGUCACAUCGCGUUCAGUCUGAUCUCAUCCGAAGAGGCAUAGUGAGAGUUUUUAUCUUCCUUCAUGGUUACCCCCACUUAACCUUUCUAGUUCUCUUGUUUUACUUGUGUUUUAUCAUUGUUUGCUACAAUUUUCCAGUUGUAUUUUGUUGUGUCAGUAGAUAUGACACAUUGAUUUGCAUGUGCUCUGAAGGAACUUAGAUGUUGAUACACUGACUUCAUACACUGAUUGAGGUGUAACUUAUACCAUAAAAUGUGUUGAUUUCCCUUUUUAUGUUGAGUUUUGACCAUACAUGAGUCACUUUUAAGCCUAAUUUUGUGACUGCCGCUCAAGUGUGAUCUGAUUAUUUCAGAUUGUUAUUGAGGCAAUGUUAUCAUGCCCAAUGAGACUUAAGUACUAAAGUCCAGGUGUGUUUUUAAAAGGGAAAUAUUUCCUCCACAUAAAUGUCACCUUUCCGCUUGUGCUGUUUUUAUGUUAUGUUUUAUUAGCACCUUUGAUUUCUCCUGGUAUAUUUAUUAUAUUAGGUGCAUGUAAAGGACAGUGAAUGUAGCUUGCAUAUAUACAGUACACAGCACAUUUGAUGGACCCUGUGGGACAUUUAUUUAUUCUUUAUAGAUUCACCAAAUGCUGUUCUGUCCUCCUGCAGAUGGUUCUUUGACCAGCUACUAUUAAAAUUUUUGCGGGGAAAAUGGCUGAACUGUUUGAUUGACUAACAGUUCAAAUAGUUGUCAUCUUUUAAACAAAAAUGCCAAAAUGUGAAGAUCUACAGCUUCUUUUAUGUGGUAGUUAACUAGUACCUAAAUGUGUGUGUUUUUUUUUCUAUUUUUUAUUUUAUUAUUAAGAAAAUAAAUUGUUUCGGUUGCAACAAGUA